AUGAGGCAGGUGAAAACGUUGAGUAAGCAACUGAAGGUUGAACAAAAGAAGGGGGCGGGACUAAAAACUCGACCGGAGACUGCAAAGCGUAGGGUACAUUGGGAAGACUCUGUAUCUACAUUUAAUUCAAGAAUUCAGACUGGAGUCAUUUCGAACCUUAAACACAAGGACCCAGGUAGUUUCCUGGUUGAUUGCAAAGCUCUGUUCAAGCGACGAAUCCAGAAUGUCUUAAAAAAUAACGCUGCAGUGAAAGUUAACAUAGCAUUUGGAGGAGAGUUCGAGAUUGCUCAAGGUGAAAAGAUGAUGAAUGAAACAAAGUACUUCACUACUUCAAACUCAGCCAUUUAUAGAGACACCAAUCUUGAUGAAUGGUUCGAGAAAAAAGUAGUGGAACCCAUCAACAGAGACUUGGAAGAAUUCCAAGAGAGAGAUAGUGGCUGGGCACUAAAAGCGGUUGUUAACCUGGGGGUUAAUAUAAACAAAUUUACACCACAGCUUGGUUCCUCAUACAUUGAUCUUCCCGCUCAGAUAAAAAGACAACAGGCAUGCAGUAAUGUUAAGAAUGAUGAUGAGGCAUGCUUUGCAUGGGCUGUCAUAUCGGCAUUAUAUCCUUGUCGGAAUAACUCCGCUUUAAUGUCAUCUUACCCACACUAUUCCCAAGUGCUGAAACUUAAAGGUAUUCAGUGGCCAAUGACCGCCAAACAGAUUCCUAAUUUUGAAAAGCAGAAUAAUAUAUCGAUCAAUGUAUACAUUUUGAAAAAGGAGAAGAAGAACUAUACGACUCUCCCGACCUUCCUAACAAAAAACAAGAAGGAUAAACAUGUGAAUCUGCUUUUGAUACAAAAUAAAUAUGACGAGCAAGGUCCCCUUAAAUAUCAUUACGUUUGGAUAAAAAAUCUAUCUCGCCUCCUUUCCAAGCAGCUUAGCAAUGAAGAUGGAACAAAAUAUUUCUGUGAUGGCUGCCUCUAUUACUUUCGAUCGCAAGAAAAGUUGAAUGUUCAUAAGACAUGCUGCAAAGGGCGAUCAGAUGUUCUCUGUGAUAGGUGUUUACAACCAUUUUUAUCGUCUACACAGCUAGAAGCUCACAUCAACGAUUGUGAAAGAAUAAAUGAAACAGCCAUUAAAAUGCCUGAAGAAAGCCAAAAAAUGUUAAAAUUUAAGAAUUUCAGGAAUAAACUAAAAGCCCCCUUCGCGGUAUACGCAGAUCUUGAAAGCGUUCUGGAACAUAGUGCUGAAAAGACUACCUAUCAAAAACAUAUACCUGCUGCCGUUGGGUAUUACUUUAAAUGUUCCUAUGAUGAUUUUUUGUCAUUUUACAAAUCAUAUCGUGGAAAAGAUUGCAUGAAAUGGUUUGCAGAUGAACUAAAUCAGCUUGCUGAGGAUGUUUCUACGGUGUUUAUGUGUCCGUUUGAUAUUAAUAUGACAUUUCAGCAAGAGAGUGAUUUUCAAGCAGCCACUCAUUGUCAUAUUUGCGAGCAGCGCUUCUCCCCCAGUGAUAAGAAAAUGCGAGACCAUAAUCACCUAAUCCCUGAAAAUAAUUAUCGAUUUGCAGCUCAUGAAGGCUGUAAUAUUAAUUACAAAGAUGCUCACACUAUCCCUGUGAUAUUUCAUAACCUCAGUGGAUAUGAUGCGCAUUUCAUUAUUAAUGAUAUUGCUACUCACAUCAAAGGUCCUGUAGAUCUUCUUCCUAUUACUAAGGAAAAAUAUAUUUCUUUCACUAAACACAUUAAUGAUGCUCGAAUUAAAUUUCGUUUCAUCGAUAGUUUUCGAUUUAUGGCGUCUUCUCUCGAUAAGCUCUCUUCUUAUUUAACCGAAUAUCCUAAUCUCCGCUCUCAAUAUGUUUUCCUUCCCGAGGAGCAGUUCAAUCUUCUUACUGUGAAAAGUAUCAUGCCUUAUGAUUAUAUUGAUUCUUUCGAUCGUUUUAUUGAAACAUGUCUGCCGCCUAUCGAGUUUUUUUAUAAUAAACUUGAGGAUAAACCUUGUCCUCGCCGCCAUUAUCAUCGCGCCCUCCAAGUCUGGUCCUCAUUCUCUUGUUCUUCUCUCGGAGAUUACGUCGAUCUCUACAUGAAAACCGAUAUUCUUCUUCUUGCCGACGUUUUCGAACGGUUCCGCUUCAGUUGUCUCGAAACAUAUAAUCUUGAUCCCGCUCCAUUACUUUAG